UACAACACACACUCUGACACACAAAUUCACAGCCAGCUCCUUUUGGCCUUCUCUAGUUCUCUCUAUAACCUUCGCCUUUUUCCUUCUUCCCUCGGUUUCUUCCACCAGGGCCUCAUCCACCUCUUUCAGGCUUCAUCACCGCCCACGCAAUCAAUCAACAACACAGUUUUUAAGUUUUAAACCAUGGUGAGAAGUGAAGAAUUGAACCAGUGUUUCGAGAAGCUGAUGAUGGCAGGCGGUGGAAUCGACAUCAGUAAGAAGAUGGGAGGAGUGGUCAUCACUGAGUGGAAGGACAUUCCAAUGGAGCUUCUCUUGAGGAUCGUGUCUCUUGUUGAUGAUCAUCGCACGAUCAUAAUGGCCUCCGAAGUUUGUAGCGGGUGGAGGGAGGCUAUUUGUUUAGGCCUUACUCAUUUAUGCCUCUCUUGGUGUAAGAACAGUAUGAACAACCUGGUUAUAUCUCUUGCUCCCAAGUUGAGGAAUCUGCAGAGCUUAGUGCUACGCCAAGAUAAGCCGCAGCUGGAAGAUAUUGCGGUGGAGACGAUCGCUAGACACUGCCAUGACUUGCAAGACUUGGACCUUAGCAAGAGCUUUAAGCUAACUGAUCGCUCUCUGUAUGCCCUGGCUCAUGGUUGCCCCAACCUGAUCAAACUCAAUAUCAGUGGGUGUACAUCGUUUAGCGAUGAUGGGAUUGAGUAUCUCGCUGGAUUCUGUCGUAAGCUGAAGAUUCUGAAUCUUUGUGGCUGUGUAGGAGCAGCAACUAAUCUUGCCUUGCAGGCUAUUGGACGCAAUUGCAAUCAACUGCAAUCGUUGAAUCUUGGGUGGUGUGAGAACGUGGGGGACAUUGGGGUGAUGAGUUUGGCAUAUGGAUGUCCAGAACUCCGAACACUGAACUUGUGUGGCUGUGUGUCGAUAACAGACGACAGUGUGAUUGCACUGGCAUACAGGUGCCCGCACCUCACAUCCCUCGGCCUGUACUACUGUCGAAACAUCACCGAUCGAGCAAUGUACUCUCUGGUUCAUAGCCGGGUGAAGAAGAACAAGCCGUCUACAUCCAUGUGGGAGAGCAUAAAAGCCAGGAAAGGCGAAGAAGGGUUGAAGAGCCUGAACAUCAGCCAAUGCACGGCGCUGACACCUUCAGCUGUUCAAGCACUGUGUGAUUGCUUCCCAGCUCUUCACACUUGCUCAGGGAGGCAUUCUCUCGUCAUGAGUGGUUGUCUGAACUUGACUUCAGUGCACUGUGCUUGUGCUGUGGAAGCCCACCGCACUCUGACGUAUGUCCCUCAUCACCAUGCUCAUUGAAGCUCAGAAAAGUUCAGGGAAGUGUGCUUUCUCAGCACAUGGAGAGCGAAGCCGUGGUGUAAGUUUUAUGUAUUUGCUUGUGGGCCAAACCAAGUCCGCGUAGCUGCAGAUUUGCAAGGGUUUAUUGUUGUAUAAUGCUGUGAUGUUAAGAAUUUAAAGGACUUUGCUAUCGACUAUUUGAUUCUGGUUUUUAAAGAACCCUUCUUUGUGAAUGCCGAUGGUGAAUAAGAGUCGUGGGUUCAUGGCUCGGUACUACAUUUCCGAAACUCAAAAGAAACCUUACAAUCACGCGAGGGAAAUGGAUGGCAAUUUGAAAAAGAGUGUUCAACUCGAUGAAAAUCAAUAUUUAUUUGAU